GUUGGUAGCACUGAUGCCACCCAUUCUUUUCUCUUGGUUGAACUGUGUGUGUUCAACGCCAUUUUGCUUUGUGUUCAGUGACAAUUUUCAGUGUUGAAAAGUAGCGUCUAAUUGAUAAUUAUCGUUUUUGUUUUAAUUUUAUUUCUCCAAAACGUCGAACUCAUACAAAAUGGUGUCGUCCAACCCACCGAGGAAGACAAAAAUCUUCGUUGGACGACUACCAGAAAAUUGUCGAAAUGACGAGCUUCGUCAAUUAUUCACUCGAUUUGGAGAUGUGACCGAGUGCGAUGUAAUGAACCGUUAUGGUUUUGUACAUAUGGCACGUGAAGAAGACGCGGCUGCCGCAAUCAAAGCGCUUCACAACACAAAUUUCAAAGGUGCCACGAUCAAUGUUGAGCAGUCCACUGGCAAAUCAAGAGGCGGUGGUGGAGGUGGCGGCGGUGGUGGUGGAAGACGAGACGAUCGCCGUGGUGGUCCAAUGAGAGGAGGCCGAGGAGGUCGUGACGGAGGACGAGAUAGUCGGCCCGGUCCGUAUAACGACAGGAGAGGAGGUGGUGGAGGCGGUGGUGGUGGCGGUUAUCAGGACUAUAACCGAGGCGGUGGUGAUUUUAGUGGUCGAGGUGAUUUUAAUCAAGGCUAUGGAGAUCGUGGGGGUUAUGGUCAAAAUGUUGGCGGUGGUGCGCCAAUGGGUGGAUACACGUCGGCAGCGCCAAUGGGCGGAGGUUAUGGGCCAUCAGGUGGCGCUGUUGGCGGUUAUGGUCCACAAGGAACUGCUGACUAUGGCCGACAGGACUAUGGAAGAGCAGACUUUGGUGCAAGAAAUGACUAUGGUAAUCAUGGAGGUAUGUGCGAUUAUUCGGUAGUUGGAGGUGGAAUGGGAGGUGAUUUUAAUAGAGGUGCACCUGGUCCAGUCGACUAUGGACGAGUUGAUAAUUUCGGAGGUGGUCGCCCAGUAGAUUAUGCAGCUAGGAACGAUUACGAUCGCAGUGGCGCUGGACCAAUGAGAAAUGGAAGUGGCGCUGUCGCUGCCAGUGGUUACGGUACUGGAUACGGAGAUGUUGGUUACGAUUCAAAUUUCCAACAAAUGAGUGGAGGUCCAAGUUACAACACUGGCCCAAGUUAUAACACUGGGCCUGGACCCCAAGCAGAUAUGUUUAGCAGAAGAGCUGGAGGAGCCGUCCAAGGUGGUGGUUAUCAAGUUAGUGCAGGGUAUGGUGAAGCUUAUGAUAGGCCUGAUCCUUAUGGACCACCUCGUGGAAAUGGCCGCUUCCCAGGUCCGGCAGACGGGAUGCCUCCGAGGUACUAAAAAGUAAAAAGUACCGCAAAACUUAGAAAGCGAACACGCAAAUGAAAAAGUGCGCCGAUUUCUAUACACACACAAAUAUUACAACCGCAACAGAUUAUUAUUUGACAAGAAAUAAUUUUCAAUAGACACACUAAUUUAUAAUCUCUUUUUAAAAAUUAAGAAAUAUAUAUAUUAAGGUCCUGUUCUAUUAAUAAUGAAAAAAAAAGUUCAAGUUGCAUUUGAAUAUAAUUUUCAUUUUGCAGCUAUAUUUUUUUUUUUUUUUUUUUUUUUUAAUUAUAAUUGUACAAUUCAUAAUGAAUUAUAAUAUUUACAAUUUUUCUUUUUUGCAAUAUUCCAUUACUUAGAGAAUUUAUUCGUCUAGCCACAAUUUUUUUUCUUUUGUUUGGGAAAAAAAACCAGAGUUUAGAACUUGUAUGUUUUAUGUGUAGAAAAAAAAUAUAUUAUUCUAUUUCUGGAAAAUGUUUAUGUACCAUCAGAUUAAAUAAAUUUAUCAAUAUAGGAAA